UUAACUUAGCAUAAAGAUCUCAAGACAACAAAGACUAAACAUGAAACUAAAAUGAGGCUUGACAGGAAACACUGAACAUCAACAUGAAUAAAAUGAACACAUGUCCAACAGCAGCAGGUCGGACAGGAAGAAACAAAGAGCUGCAGGAGCAGAAACAGAAAGCAGACUGAAGGAAGCAACAGAACAGGGUCAACAACAGGUGAUGUGAUAAAGGUAAACUUCGGGUCCUGUUCCUCUCACUUCAGUCAUGGCUUCGUCUCUGAGCAGUCGUCACUUUCUCUCUCUGCACAAACACCUGAAGAUCACAGUUCCAGGGGGCAGAUACGUCAGUCAGGCUGCAACAAAAACAAAAGCAGCAUGUGAUUAUGAUGGACCCUCGAUGAAAACAUCUGUACCUGGACCACGGUCACAGGCACUGACCAAACAACUGGAAAAAAUCCAGAAUGUUGUUGCCAUCAACUUCUUCUGUGACUAUAAAGAGAGUAAAGGUAACUACCUGGUGGACGUGGACGGAAACCGCAUGCUGGACAUCUACACCCAGAUCUCCUCCAUCCCUAUCGGAUACAACCAUCCUGCUCUCCUGGAACUGAUGUCGGUCCCCAACAACCUGAGUGCCCUUGUUAACCGACCAGCUCUGGGAGUCCUGCCGCCUGAGAACUUUCCAGAAAAACUCACAGAAAGUCUUCUCUCAGUGGCUCCCAGAGGGAUGAAGCGUGUCCAGACCAUGGCCUGUGGCUCCUGCUCCAACGAGAACGCUUACAAAGCCAUGUUCAUCUGGUACAGGAAGAAGGAGCGAGGCCUCAACACUCCAACUGAAGAGGAGCUCCACACCUGUAUGAUAAACCAGAGACCAGGCUGUCCAGACCUCAGCAUCUUAUCUUUCACUGGAGGUUUCCAUGGGAGAACUUUGGGUUGCUUGGCAACAACACACACAAAAGCAAUGCACAAGCUGGAUGUGCCAUCAUUUGAUUGGCCGAUCGCUCCGUUUCCCAAACUGCAGUACCCGCUGGAGGAGUUCACCAGAGAGAACGCCAAGGAGGAGGCGCGCUGUCUGGAGGAGACAGAGGAUCUGAUCAUUAAGUGGAAGAAUAAGGGGGUUCCUGUUGCUGGGAUCGUGAUUGAACCGAUCCAGGCUGAAGGAGGAGAUAACCACGCCUCUGCAGACUUCUUCAGAAAACUACGCAACAUUGCACGCAAGCAUGGCUGUGCUUUCCACGUGGAUGAGGUCCAGACUGGUGGGGGGCCCACAGGGAAGUUUUGGGCCCAUGAUCAUUGGGGCUUGGAGGACCCUGGAGACAUCGUCUCCUUCAGCAAGAGGCUCCUCACUGGGGGCUUCUACCAGAAGGACGAAUUACAGUCUGACAAGCCGUAUCGUAUCUUUAACACGUGGAUGGGCGACCCAACCAAGAACUUGCUGCUGGUUGAGGUUCUCAAUGUGAUUCGCAGAGAAAAGCUUCUGGAGGAGGUGACCCGGACUGGGAAAGCCUUGCUCAACGGCCUUUAUGAUCUACAGGCCCGGUACCCAGGCAUCCUGAGCCGAGCCCGAGGACAGGGGACCUUCUGUGCCAUCGAUUUCUGUGAUGAGGAAACACGCAACAGCAUCCUGCUCGCGGCCAGAAACAAAGGUGUCCUCCUGGGAGGCUGUGGGGAUAAAUCUGUCCGUUUCCGUCCAUCGCUGGUUUUCAAGGAACACCAUGUUAACAUCUUCCUCAACAUCUUCGAUGACGUAUUGGCCCAUCACAAAUAAAUCCUGACCCUGAAGGAACCUGAGUGAAGCUGCUUGAGUUAAUGCAGAAUGAAGGGACGAAACUCCAGACAGUCAAUGUCUAAAAAUAAGCACAAUCCAUGCAGAAAAACUGCACAAAUGCCUUUUAUAACCUCUGUUUCAAGAUGUAAUUUACCAAUCUUCAAAUUAUUAUAUUUAGCUGGAAAUGAUGAAGCGUCCAGCUAAAUUAAUGAUGAUAUCCUUUUAUUUGCAUUGCUGUAAAGAUGUACCCAUAAAAAGAUUAAGAACAGGAGCCAGUGGUUGCUGUUGCAGUUAUUAAUGUCAUGGAAUGUUCAUUAUGUAAAAUAAAUCUAUGGAAAUAACUCCAAACUCCAGAAUCUUUCUAUUCUGAAUCCUAAAUGGACCAUGAAAACAUCAUGAGGUGUACUCAUUGUUUUUUUCUGAUCUGUUUGUUGUUUUUAGUGGCUCAGAUGAGAGCAGCUAUUGUGACUUAAAUUAAAUCUCUUAAACGAAGCUA